AUGCCACCCAAAAGAUCAUCUCUCUCACCACCACCAGGUUUGUCUAAAAAGCUAAAGCUUUCUGACAACUUCGAAGAGUACUAUAGACCAGAUCCUAGGUACUAUCCCAAUCCUAUAUCGUGGAAGCAAGCCAAUGCGUUUAACAAUGGGAAACGACCAAAACCCAUCACAUUGCUUAAUGAGCGAAUCAAGAACCAGAAAUUGAAUGGCCAAACAAAUGUUUCUACGGUUAUUCAUUGGUUUAGAACCGAUUUAAGGGUAGAGGACAAUAUUGGGUUGUCCAAAGCUAUUGAACAAUUAAGCGCCGCUAAGAAACACAAUAAGAAUGCCCAAUUGGUAGCGCUUUACACCAUUAACGAACACGAUUUUCGAGCUCAUUUGGAGAGUGGUUGGAAGCUCAAGUUUGCUCUCGAAGCCCUGAGUAGCCUACGUAAAAGUUUGAGCAAGAUCAACGUUGCCUUAGUAUUUCGGCAUUUUGAGCCUAAAGAUGCCUUACUAUCAAGAUCAUCCCAGUUUGCCGAUUGGUUCAAGACGCAAUGCAUGUCGUUGUCAUCCAAUGAGGGUGAAAUUCUCGUGACUUCUAAUGCUCAAUAUGAAACGGACGAGCUGUAUCGAGACCUGAAGGUUUUUGACAAGACCGACAGCAAAUUUCAUUAUCAGGUCUUUCACGAUCAGUGUACCGUAGAGCCAGGAGUAUUAACGACAGGUAAAGGCUCCCAGUAUACCGUCUUUACCCCCUGGUAUAAGAAAUGGGUGGAGUAUUUACAUUCACAUCAAGAUGGGAAAGAUGUGGUAAGCACGGUAGAAAUAGACAUGAACAAGCCUGUAAAUGAAAAGCUGGAGAAAUAUGAAUCACACAGUUAUUCGUUGUCGAAAGAAUUUUUGGAAUAUCUUCCAAUCGAGGAUUUAGGUCUUCCCGAGGCAACUGAAAAAGAAGCUCAUAGGACGUUGCAAGAAUUUUUCAACGCAAGGGCGUCAAAAUACAAUGAGGAGAAGGAUAUUUUGGCUCUUGACAGCACCUCACAUUUGAGCUGUUAUAUAACUAGUGGGCUAAUCAGCACUAGGACUGUCGUGAACUUCGGAUAUCAUGCCAAUGGCGACAGUCUUAUGCGAAGGGACAUCAAGCAAAAUAACUCUAUGGAAAACUUUGUCAAAGAGGUUGCUUGGAGGGAUUUCUAUAAACAUGUUAUGUGUAACUGGCCUUACACAUCGAUGGACAUCGCUUUCAAGUUUGAGACAAUGGACAUUAAAUGGGAUAAUGAUGUGGAACAAUUCCGUAAGUGGUGCGUCGGAGAAACAGGACUCCCGAUUGUGGACGCAAUAAUGAGAAAAUUACUUCAAACCGGCUAUAUCAGUAAUAGGUGCCGGAUGAUAGUGGCGUCAUUUCUUUCCAAAAAUUUACUUGUUGAUUGGAGGUGGGGCGAACGUUGGUUCAGAAAGCAUUUGAUUGACGCGGACUUAGCGUCCAACUCUGGUGGAUGGGGCUUUUGCUCGAGCACUGGAGUGGACUCGCAACCCUAUUUCCGCAUUUUUAAUAUGAAACUCCAAACUGAAAGAUAUGAUCCACAGGGUGACUUUGUCAAGAGCUGGAUUCCCGAACUUGAGAAAGUUGAUGACGUCAAGAUUUUAAGAGAAGGUGCCGUCAAUGGCACCGAUAUCGAAGGUUACUGUGCUCCCAUUGUAGACCUGAAAGAGAGCAGGGAAAGAGCCUUAGAAGCUUUCAGAGAGGGUAUGUAA